AUGUCAACUUUGGAAGAGUUGAGAAACUUUCACAACGACCGGCUCUUUCGCGAGCUUGUAUCUCGAACAACGCUUCUGGUUGUGGUGGAAUCAGCGGUGAUGGCUUUCGUAGCUCUGAGCGCUUUCCUUGGAAACAUAUUGGUGUGUGUAGCGGUCACUCGAAACCCGCGUCUCCACACACCCACGAAUGUUCUGAUCUGCGCUCUUUCUGUGACCGAUAUCACGAUGUCGGUGUGUACGAUGCCUCUAACCGUUGGUGUGCUGAUAUCGGGGCGCUGGAUCUACAGUAGAGAAGUGUGUCAAUUUCAGGGAUCGUUCCCUCUGACAUUGGCGGUUAUAUCGUUACAACUCAUGGUUGUCAUUGCCAUCAACAGAUACCUUUGUGUCGUCAAACCCAAUUUGUAUCGCCGGAUUUUUACGGUGAAGAAAUCUAUUGGAUUCGCCGUGGGUGUUUUCUGCUUUGCAUGCCUUCCGACCCUGUCUCCGAUGUUUUACGCUCGCGACGAUUUCACGUUUCACCCGGGAAAAGCAUACUGCGCCUUCGCCAUGGAGCAGAAUUUCAUCUUCGCCCUCUGCAUGGGAAUGGGGUUUAUCAUGAGUCCCUUUAUCAUCAUGUCAUGCCUGUAUUGCCGCAUCUAUUGGUCGGUGCGUCGCGCAGUUUUCCCUCAAAGCGGCAACGCCGACUCAGAAAGCCAAAGAAAUGCACACGUGCAGGAGGUGAAGGUCACCAAAACUCUGGCGGCUGUCCUUAUUGGCUUCUCUCUUUGUUGGUUUCCAAUAAUGAUCAUCGACCAGAUCGACUUUACCAACGGCGCGCCAAUGUUGCCGAGGCAAGUUUAUUACUUUUACGGUUUGUCAAUUUACAUGUCCUCCGCCAUCAAUCCUGUUCUGUACGGACUCCUUAACAGGUCAUUUCGCAUCGAAUACAAGAAAAUCAUCACUUGCAAGUCUUCAUGAACUCUUCAGUAAAUUUUAGCGGCAAACUGUAGCGUUGAUUCAUGCAUGUCCGUGUACUUUAAGCCUGAAAAAACUCGUUGUAGAUUCUUAUUUUAAAAGCUGCCGCUGUCGUGGAACGCAGUAUGUUUGUAAUUAUGAUAAAACAGCCGGAGUGACCAUAAGAAAAACUAAAAGAAAAUAAUUGAGACUUUUUUAUUAAUGACAAGUCUAGGAGGACGUGGUUUACAUGUGUAAUCUCAGUAGUACUAAGUAAAGUUACUUUUGUUUUGUGUUCAAGCGAAGAUCUAGACAGACUGAUUUUGGCUUUAAUUUUGGCCAUGCAUUAGUCUUAAAUGUGUUUCAUAUAAUCGCAGACGCAUAUUUUACUUAAGAUUGCAGUUGCUUUCUUGGAAUCGGUUUUAAGCGCACGACCAAGCGACGAAAACAUCGACAACAUUGAUGUUCUUAUAUCCGGUCGAUUCAUGUAAAAUCUCGUAGGCAUAUAUGUUUCAUAUCAAUAUUGCACGGAAUGUAAAAUAAACGGUUUUAUUUCUCAUUUGCAUUUGGUCAAUUGGUUCACUUUAUCUUAUGCUCACGUCAUAGGAGUCGCGAAUGUUUGACUUUCUUUGCCUUUUAUGGCGGAUAAGCGAAGGCAUGAAGUAGCUUUAAGCAAGUAAAGCGGUUAUGACAUCAAAUUGUGACAUCGGCAUCUUCUUUGCCCUUAAAUUGCAGAUGAGUUUUUCACAGUUACAGGAAGUUUUUCACAAUGUAAAGAAGUUCGAGUGAGGCAUCAAAUUUGAGUAAAAGAAAAAAAAGGAAUACGCAUACACAGUAGAGUUGUAUCUGAGUGGAGUUAAUUUUUCAGAGGUGAAACGAGGGAGUGACAUAAAUCACGAACAGAACAAUAAACCCGAAACUAUCAUAACUUGAGAAAUACUGAGUUGUCCGACCUUGAAAUCUUUGAAAAUAGCUAUUUCUGAGAAAGAGAUCCGUCUUGUUUUUUUUAUUUCUCAUGCUACACAUGCUAUGUACAUACAUUUAACAAUUCGAGGCCGAAAUUAACUUCAAUGAGAAAAAAGAUAGCAUUUUGAAGUGUUCUUAUUCUAAAAAAAGCGCUUCUCACGGUUAUUUCAGGAAAAUUCUCAUUAAAAUCAUCAUCUUGUUUCGUCAUUUGAAACUCACCUUUCAGUUUUCGAAAAGUGACUGUGAUGAAUAAGGAGGCAGAGAUAAACGAUAUUUACUUAAAACUAGUCCAUUAUUUACUUUCACUUCAAUCACCUGCACGUUCAAAUAAAUAUUAAGCUAAAAGGUAUAGAAUGGUGUGUUGAUUGCUGGUCAAGAACUUCUUUUGCAAAUUGGCCCGCCUUAGAAUUCCUUAUCUCACCAUCUUACAGAGGGGCUCCCUAUUUCAUGUAUUUCAAUUCAACAGGGACAUUAUGAAUCCAUUCAGCUUGGCCUACGGACCAUAGUCUUUUUCUGCCUAAUGAUCACAAUAGGUCUUUACAAAGUGCGUCAGUUUUAUACAAAAUUCAAAAUGUGAUUGCAACAAUUAUAACUCAGCAGUUGCAGCGUCUUUCUUUUGAUUUCGCUCGAACUAAAGCACACAAUUACGAGCGUUAACAACUAAACUGCACAAAAAGACGAUGCGUUUUUAACUAAGCAAACAAAUGAAUGCUUCAGGAUAUUACUUUUGCCACCUUUUCUAGCUGCCGGAUAAAAAACUUAAUACCUCAUUUCGAGAACAAUUCGUUUUACCCUCUCUGCAUUUUCGUCACUUCUUUAUUAAAAAAAAACUCCACUUAGCAAGUCCUAUGGCUGUAGCCAGUGAAAACAGAUGUUUCAUUAACAACUGUGCCCAGCUUGAAGUCACAAAGCCGGGUGCAGUGUCGCGGUAACUAAGCGACAGUUUAGAUGACAAAAUAAAAAGGAAAGAAAAAGAAAACAAGAAGCCUUCUCCCUCCCCACCGUUUUCCUUCCUUUAAAUUAACAAGAUUUCGUCUGGAUCUUGGCGGUAUCUCAUCGUGAUCAUGUUGAGGUCUUUACGGAAUCUAACUUGCCUCUGAAAGAUUGAAGAUACAUAAAGGCGAAAGAAGGAGGAUCGAGCAGGUGUUGGUAGAGGAGAGCGUAUGUACCACUUGGUCGCCAUUACGUAGGACGGGUCACUGAAAAUUCAAAGAUAAUUAAAAAAAAAACCUUUAAAUAGCACUUAGAAAUAGAGCAGGUCGCAUUCUCCAAAAAAAAUAGGAAUAUUCCAGAGUGGAACAUUUUGGGACGGAUCUCUCUGAUCUUGGUGAAAAACUGAAAAAAAUUCAAUUCAAGCGCACGCCUUGACGUAUUGUUCCGUUGAGAAUUGCUUUGUUAGCCUGUUAUCAUUUGAGUUAUUUUUGCUGAUGCGAAAGCACUUAAUCGCAAGAAGCUUUGUGAAAGACACGACCAUGACAUAUGUAUUUGUGCUGCUGGCGUUUUAUGAUAACCCUUUAUCAAAGGAUCUCAUUAAAAAUGUACCCUGGGUCAGUAAAACUUUAAGGAUUGAUGCAAAAUUAAAUAUGCUUGUAAGGACUAUCAAGCAGAGAUAUCGAGUCUUUAAAAGCUAUUGUGUUUAAGUAACCCACUGAGUUGAAAUUAUUGUGGACUGUACGAGCUUUUACUAAGCCAAUAACGAAUGCUAAUGAAAAGAAAGUUAUGCUACAUAUUUCAGACCCUAUGUCAUUUAAGGUUAGGGUUGUUAACCAAUCAAUCAAGUGUACUUGGAAUAUUAAAGUACCUCAUGCAUGACAUUGAACAAUUAGCAUUUAUAACUACAGAUAUUACAGCUCUUCUGUGCUGUGGUUUUAUCACGCCGAUUUGUCGCGUGUUUUUUGCGAAGGAAAGUGGACUCGGUGAAAUCUCUGUACUGAAUUGUGCCCUUAACAAACUCAGGAUUGAAUUUUCUUUGAAGUUCAGCUAAAGCGUUCACAGGCAGGUAAGGACUGAAGCGUUUGAAGCAAUCAUAAUAGCGGCGAUCGAGGCGCUUGUGUACGAUAAAUAUAACGAAGCGAACCGUAAAUUUCGAAAAAAAUUUUGAAAUUUUAUAUCAUGACGGUGUGAGCUGGGGUCAACUUUUUGUUGUACUAAAUAUUUUACUGAAAGAUUAAAAAGCCUUUAGUCAAAUAUAAUAAAGACAUAGAAGUGUUUAUAAUGUCGAGUAGAACCCUUUCUCGAGCGUCUGUUGUAAACAAGACGCAACUUUUAUACAUGUCGGUCAAUAAUUUCACUUGAGCGCGUACAAUAGGUUUGCCUCAACUCCUAUCGAAAUUUCAAGUAGAUGUCCCCUGAGCUUCCGUCAGUAGCUUACACAGAAAAAGCACCAAUACUUUGGCUAGUGUCAGAGUGUCAGCUGGCAAAAAAAUUCAUUCUUAUAGCAUGCGGAUUUAACAAACAUUAAAACAUCAGUUUAUCUGGGUGAUGAAUAUUUAUUACAUGCGUGUACGUAGACAUGUAACUACUAAAGUGAAGUUAUCUUUAACGUUGUGAAUGAAGACUUCAGGUAUCAAACUUGCCAUUCGUGACACUUACAGUCCUAAUAAUGUGAUACUUAACUUUUUACAUUGGCAAGAUUCAAACUACUGAUCGGUCUGGAAAUUCUAGCAAAGUUAAGUCAUGUUAAAAAGAAAUUUGUUUCCCACGUGAUCUUCAACAGGCCUGCCACCAAAAAAGAUUGGAAGAAGGGUCUUGAAAUAACUUGUGUUAUCAAAUAGGCCAUUCUGAAAUAAUAUAAGUUGUAGGAUUCUCUUUUAGGACUACAGCGACCGGCAGCAGUAAACAGCUUGAAUAACCGGCCCCUAAAAAUUUACAUAGCAAUGGAAAAUCCUAUUAAACACAUUCUUAGUUUCCUUUUCAUACGCUAACAGAUAAGUUUGGUGACUCUUGGUUGGGAUAAUAAUCAGCUUGUAAAAAAUCACUUUUCGAAAUUCUCCUUAAUCUUCCCUGGACUUAAGUGGCUUAAAAAUUUAAGGUGGUUGUAUCCAUUUGUCAGAAAUUUUAUGACGUUAACAAUUAGCGAUUUAUGGAAAGAAUUAAGCUGAAAGAAUUAAUAAGAAUACACAGGCAAUGGGACAAUUUUCUUCCAAGCGUAAAAACAUCGCCUACUGAUCAAUUAAGUCAUGUAGUAAACUGUACCUGCAUGAAAGGAGAUGUUCCUUUUUUUUUCAGCUGUCAAGAUGAGUAGUUAUCCAAAUAGCCGCAGACCUAUGAUCAAUAGCGCCUACAUUUGUUCCAUACGAGGAUUUCUUAAGAUCUUAGAGAGCGUAAGUUAACCUUUUUACACCCUAAUAUCAGUAUGCAUAUUCUCUAUACUGUUCUCUAUACAUUUUCUUAGAUGCUAACAAGGAGAAUUUGUUCGUCAAGCUUUUUUUUUAGUUAAUGAUCAUUUCCCAUAUUCUCAUGACUAUAGUCUUUGAUUCAGGGGUGGUAUUGUGGGGAGAAAAUUGAUGCUAGUCACUCCUAGGGUUUAAAGUUAAUUCCAAUGCACCGAAUAAUAACUAAAGAAGGGGAAGUGUAUUCGUUGGUGUCCGCAUUUGUUUACUCGAGAUCACUUUCAUAUCCACGUCUUUAUCCGCAGUUCACAUAUAUGAUUUUCAUAUAUUCACAAUUGUUUAUACAUCAUUUCACGGGUUUAUUUAGAACUAACAUAAUGAUCAGCUCCCAGUUGGCUUGUUAGCUCAGUUAGAAGAACACUGCACCAGUAUCGCAGAGGUCAUGGGUUCAAAUCCCCUACUUAAAUGAAUUUUUUCAGGCCUUAUUUUAACUGCUGCAUGCUCAAGUAGUGUUCAUUACUGCCAAGAUCGCUUUCAUAUUCACUACUUUAUCCGCAGUUCACACAUAUAAUUUCCAUAUAUUCAAAGUUAAUUUCAAAACUGGUUGAAGCAUUUAACAAUGAAAGCACCCAUUAGCUAGGCUUACAGAGAGCGCUUACUGUGCUUGGCAUCUCUUUCUAGAUUUUGCUGUUGGCCUCCUUCAUAUUCGGUCAGCUUUAUGAAUCAUUUUACAGUCCCCCUCACCUACCCUACUUCUUCGUGGCUGUAUUUGUGGGAAUGAUACUUCUCCUUCUGCUGUAUACCUUCUUUCUGUUCUCAUUGGAGAAGCGGUUUGAGACCUUCAACUGGUAUCUUAUGGUGAGUACAUAAAAUCAAGAGGAAAGAAAACUUGAACCCAAAAUAUCCGAUUGAAACUGUCAGUUUUGCAAAAGUCAUCUAUGCAUCCGGCUGGGCUGUGUACCUCAAGCAUAUCACUCUGGGCCCAGUUGCAUAAAGAGCGGAUAACGCUAUCCGGCGGAUAAAUCGCUAUCUGGCGGAUAAGUGAUAGCAAAACCUAUAGAGUUAUCCACCGGAUAGAGUUUUAUCCAGUGGAUGACGUUAUCCAACCUUCAAACAACCGAUCCCUGGUAGUUUAUGUCAUUACUGCUCACAUAGGGGAAGAGGAGGGCGGGCGUGGGUUGGUCGAGAAGUAAUUUCGGACCCCACCCCCUAAAAACAAAAACUCUUAUAUCCGCCCCUGUAGUGAGAGAAAAUCGCCUGUCAUUAAUGUCGGUCAGCAAUUGGUUGAUGAGGCCAGCUCCAUCAAAUUUCCUCAAAUUAGGCCUGCGCACCAAUAUCUUUACUACCUUUAUUUCAGCGUCGGUCAAACAAACGCAUGCGCAUGCCGUCAACACCUUGACACCGACGUAUGAGGUGGGUGUAAAAAUCGGGGAGAGUGAUACUGGAAAGACAGAAGUCCACGCUUUUGGUGUAACUCUCUUUGCGCGAAGUUAUUAUUAGAAUUAGAAUAUAAUAAAAACUCAAAGGUUUUUUUCAUUGAGAUUUGUUUCCUAUUCGUCACAUUACAGGACGUAAUCUUUUGUGGCUUUUUAGCCGUGAUGCUCACAGCAAGUGCUGGACUCCUGGCUAAAGAGGCAGACUUCAGGGAGAGACACGGAAAUGAUUUUUCUGGUUGGCUCUACGAUCGUCUUGUGGCUGCAGUGGUAAGUUAAUUUUCGAAUCAGUAAGUCUCUGUAGCCUAUUUUUGUUGCGCUAAUUUUUGUUCAGAUGCUAAAGGUGCUGCACUAAUAGGGAUUUCCGCCUUGGUUGACCGAUUAUAACUGACUUUCUCUACUUGAGUGCUGCCGUCAAUGACAUCACGUCAGAACCAGGGCUACAAAUUCAAAUAUAGAUUUCAAUGGCUUAGUCUUUUUUUAAGACCCUUGCCACUUUGUUCGAUCACAUCUUCAAGACCUUUUGGCCUUUCUGUGCAAACUUUGGUUAAAAGAUAUCAGGACGAUAUAAAGUUGGGACCAGAGAAGGAAGUGAUGAGUCUUUUCCCAUCGUCUCGGCAGGCGGCGCUUUACUUUCAAUAUAUUGUCACUUUCCCUUCACGCUCGAAAGACCGUUAGAAAAAGAAACCCGCCCUAAAAGGGCCUUUGAACAUGAAGCAUCGGAUCAAUCUCAGUAUCUAAACGACUGCGCACCUACCCCUCCCCUAACCCAACAAACAGUCAACUGAUAACAAACAAGUUGACAAGUUGAGUAUGGUUACUGUUGGGUCAGGGGGGCAGUAGCUGUACAGAUGUUUAGAUGCUGACAUUGAUCCGAAGCAUCAAUGCCAGUGUUCCAUAAGUAUUUACGCAGUAGAUAUCACAUAUUCAUAUUUAUUUUAUCUUCAGGUUCUGGCGUUUGUUGUCGUGCUGUUACUCAUCAUCGAUAUCAUCGUCAGUUUGUUUCAGUAUCGCCGCUUAAGACAAAUGGGACAACGCUAGGGACUAAUCGGUGAAUAUGACUCCACGAUGAUCUCUUUCAUUGAGUAGCCAAUGACGUUGUCACGCGGGUUUUGUAGUUAGGUUUAAGUCAUGGGACGUCGCCUUGAAAGAGUUACGUGACAGCCCAAAAGCUGACUCCGAGGAGUCGGCCCUUUGUGUUUGAACGUGCUUCAUCAGGUUUUUUGUGCUUUUAUAAUUAUCUUUGUACAUAAAAAAGUUACUUGAUACAUUGUGUUUGAACAGUUCUUUAUAUAUGUAGAAUAACACUACUACUACCUUACGUGUAGCCGUACCUUCCUCCUCCCCCCUAAAUAGAAACGGACUUCCAUUACUCCUUGAGGGAGAGGGUAGGGCUACUCGUAGACUAUAAUACUAUUUGCACCGCGCUUGACAAGGUCCCCUUCCCCCGUUUGUCACAUUUGUAGCUUAAAGCUCACAGAAUCACGGUACAAUACUGUUUUUGGGGAAAGGGGAGCAAACUGAGGUUAUCUCAGGUGGGAGAAGAGAGAUAAAAUUAAGUAACAGGGGCUGUGGACGUCAAUGUGUCAACAAUUGCGUCGCUAAUUGUAUGUUCAAAACCUAAUAUGUGACACAGCAGACUUUUCAUUGAAUGCUGCUAACUUGGAAUGUAAUUUUUCUUAAAUUUAAAAGAAAACGUAGCAAGAAUAAAAGCACCUUUUCUGCUUGUAAUGAAGUUCACAUAUCUUUAUUUAGGCGUUAUUGAUUUUUUUUUAUCUCUGAGAACCAGGCUUGCUAAAAUACUCGACAUUCCAGCUCAGGCCAGCAUAACGAAGCACUCAUC